AUGACUAGCAAGGUGCCAUCUAGCACUGAGCAGCUGCGUUCUCUACUUCGUAUCAUUCCACAUUAUGCCCUGGAGGAGUAUCGUCAUUUCAUAAGAGAACAUGCUCUGGAACCAGCACUGGUAGCACUUCUCCCGGAUAUCUACAGCAUCAACAAUGCGAUAAACUGGGCUUCUCUUCAAGACCUAGCAACAUGGUAUGGUCACUUUGCACAACGACAAGCAGUCCAGAAACUCUCGCAAGCAGAAGCAGAAGUCACAUUGAGCUUGCCUGCUUCCAUCAGCCAAAGUAUAAGAAUUAACGCAUCAAGCCAGCCGAAUCAAGUCAGUUCUGGUCAUAUACAAGCUCAGACUAGUACUUCUGUGACUCCCAGCAAGGCAUGCAGUCAACGACCACACAAGAAAGCACGAAAUAAUGACAAACCGAUCAAUGAUAGUGUUUCAAAGAGCGACACAGCAUCACAGGGUCAGAAGAUAUCGAUAACAAGAGAGAAGUCAUCAGCUGUCGAUAAAAUCAUCGAUAUUGACUCUGUUCCUCCGACGUUUGAUGUUCCCAGUCAUGGAACAUGUGCCUAUCAUAUCAAUCUCCAGAAUUUCGAAGGACAAUGGCCUUUGGAUGUGAAUGGAAAGCCCAAGUCCAUGGCUGCAUUUAUCAAGGGAGAAGAUCAAGAUAGCUGGGGCAGAGGGUCAGCCGGUUCUCUCAAGGAUGGCCCCAAAGUUGUUUCACUGGGCGGUCGCAUAUCCAGAGAUUUGAUUGAGGGUAUUGAACACUAUGAUGCCCAGUCCUCCCAGGAGUUUGCACAACAGUGGUUUGAUGCAGAAUGA